GGUGACCACAGUGGGGAGAUAUUGAGCAACUGUGACGACUGCUGCAAAUUCUGGAACUAUGAAGUUGGUGAUACUGACGGCGAUUCUCGCCGCCGUUUCAUCGAGCCCGGUCGCCGAGACCAACCAAUGGCCUUGGCAGGUCGGUCAAGAGUACGAGUACAAUGUACUCUCUUACACCGGAACUGAAUUCGAAUCAGAAACUGGCAACGGCAACGUCUUGAUUACAAAUUUAAUUGUUCGCGUUUUAGAACCAGGUCGCUUAGUAGCUAAGCUAGCUAAUCCCGUAUACGGGCAAGCUCAGAAUCAGCAAUACAAGAAAAAGGUUUUCCAUGGUCUGGAUUUAAAUCCAGUGAAGGAUAUUGAUCAUCCUUUUGAAAUUCUCGUAGAAGGUGGACGAGUUGUCUCCUUGAAAAUACCAACAUCAUUCACUGAUACUUAUGAAAACUUGUUGAAAGGACUUGUCAGUGCUUUGCAAGUAGACUUAUCUCCUACUAACCAUGUCCACAAUUUCCCAAAUAACUUUGAUAAAGAAACCUUCCAAGGUUUGUUUAAGAAGAUGGAAACUGACGUCACUGGUGACUGCGAGACACUUUACUCUGUUUCGCCUAUUUCUGCCGGAGGACUUGAUGACGUGCUGGUGGAUAAAGUUGAAAAUCCUGUCGAGAUUAUCAAAAGCAAGAACUACGGAUCAUGUGAAAACCGUGUUGGUUUCUACUUUGGUGUUCCCGAAGGUGCGGUAUGGAAUGGAAUCGCUUAUAAAGAAGAUGAAAAACAAUUUAUAAAACAUAAUACUGAAACUCGUCUAGUUGUUGGCGAGAAGGGCACAAUCUACAAAUCGGAAGCCAUGAGUUCUGUUUUCGUUAACCCUCUUGUCUAUGGCAAACAGAAAGCCGAAAUCUACAGUUACGUCGGAUUGUCCCUUUCUUCCCUCCAGCCUAAAACAGGUGAGGAAUGGCCAAAAACUGUUGAAUAUCGCGAUGUUAAUUCGCUUUUGUUUACAUAUAAUUUGACAAGAUUGAUAAGUCGAGGUGAUAGUAACAUUGCCGAUGCUCAGAAAUUGCUGCAGGAAAUGACUCCUCUAUUGCAAGAUAUAAACAACCUACCAAAGGCCGAUUUUCUUUCCAAAUUCAACAUGCUCAUAGAAUCUCUUAUGUACAUGAGCUCAGAACAACUGACUCAAAUGACAGCCAGCAUUGAAAUUGCAAAAUCUUCGGAAAAUACUGCAAAGAGUAACAUGUGGGUAGUAUACCGCGAUGCUGUCGCUCAAACCGGUACAAUCGCAGCAUUUAAAGAAAUCAAGUCCUGGAUCUUGACCAAGAAAAUCGAAGGUAUUGAAGCCGCUGAAGUUAUUAGCUCCAUGGCUAGCGUUCUUCGUUUCCCGACUAAGGAACUCAUGAACGAAUUUUUCGAAUUCGCUAUGAGUCCCGAAGUUCAGGAGCAGACCUUCGUCAAUACCACCACCCUUCUGGCUGUCACGAAAUUCAUUGCAUCUGGAGACGAAGACUUAUUUGUAAAUGAGAAAGUAAUCCCACGGCUAUCGCAAGAACUGAAACAAGCUGUUGAAAAUGGCGACAAGAACAAAGCUCAGGUGUACGUAAGAGUUCUUGGUAACUUGGCUCACCCGAACAUUCUGAAAGUCUUCGCUCCUUAUCUAGAGGGUAAGAUUGCAGUCACUAAGUACCUCAGGAUUCAAAUGGUUAUCAGCCUGAAAACCCUAGCUAACAAGAAGAAUGAAUACGUUCGUGCUGUGCUGUUCAGCCUCUUGAAGAACACUGCUGAGCCUUACGAAGUGAGGGUUGCAGCUGCUUUAAAUAUUUUCCUAGCUGACCCACCUCAGGAAAUGAUGCAAAUCAUGGGACACAUGACGUUCGCAGACCCUAGCACGCAGGUUCGCGCUGUGCUGGCAAAUAGUAUUACUUUUGCUGCUGGACUGAAAGACCCACGUUUCGCCACUCUUGCCAAAACUGCAAAGUCUGUCUUGAACAUGCUUCCUGAAGAAAAGUUCGGCUACCGCUACUCGACUGACAGUUUGAUCGACGACUACACAAGUGAUGACGAGCUUUCACACUUCAGAGAGGUUUCCUUCAUCGGCAGUAAGAACAACCUUCUACCAGUCUAUGAACGAGGGGCUCUGAGGUUCGGAAGCACUGGAUGGACCGAAGAAGAUUGGUUUACGCUAUCCGUGUCGGACAUGCAACACCUGAUGGAGUAUAUCUAUGGAUUGUUUAUACAUCAAGGGGAAAAGCCUAAGGACGAGUUUGAAAUAAAGAUUAAGACAAUUCUCGAAAAGCUGAACAUAAAGCCUGAACAUCAAUGUGACCUCGAAGGCUCUUUCUUCUUAAAUAACUGGAACCAGCAGAUGCUUCUAACUUUCACCGAAGCUGAAAUUAACUCUUUGAUUUUAAGCUUGAUAAAAGAGUCAAAUCAUUUGAAACAGUCAAUUAAAUCCAAUUACAUUAAGAUUGUGCUACAAAAGGAUAUCUUCAUCACGUUCCCACUCGCUAUGGGUAUGCCGUUUGUAUUUGAAUACAGUGAACCAACGUUACUUCACGUCCAAAAUGAAGCCAUCGCAACUCCCGGCAUGAGUGGAAAUAUUAUAGAUAAACUACAGUUCACAUACGCCAGAAACUUGGAUGGAAGUGCUGGUUACUUAGACACAUUUAACGACGUAUAUGUCGCUGCCGGUGUCGUUAACAAACUGCAAUUGCAUAUUCCUUUCAGGACACGUUGGGACUACGAAUUAAAUGAGUUUAGACUAAUCCUUGAAUGGCCGGACCGAAAUGCUAACCUUAUCCACAUGAGUGUGUGGCCCUACACUACACUUCAAAAGACAGAUUCUUUCCAGACCGCGGCUGAGAACCCGCUGUCAAAACUAAUCGAGCGACCAAAAAAGGUUAUUUCCACUGAUAUCAAGUUUGGUCAGUCAAUUGGUACCAUAUUCCAAUUCCAAGCAAACUCUUACUCCUCUGACUACAAGGACCCAACCAGUCUCUUCGAUAAUGAUCUUCUGACGAAUGUUCGUAAUCUGUUGUAUCAGAAGGACAUUGCAUUGACGCAGUUUAACUUGAAGUAUCUCGCCAGAGAAUCAAAGAACAAAGCUUUCACUUUUACUGUAUUCACUAACACAAUCUACAAUCAGCUACAAACAAAGGAUGAAUUUGAGCCAGCAGCAGUCAUAAAAGAUAUUACACCAGAAGCUCGCCGAAAGGAAAUCAUUACCCGAGUCGCCUCGGAAAUAGAACAUGGCAAAGUCCAACUCGUUGACAUUAGUCUUGAAUUUCAUGGUAGAGAAACUGUGGAGUUCAUAUUGACUGGUGCAUUAGCAAACAGCUAUGAAGAUAACAAGGUUCACGCUGCUUUGUUGUACAAUGGCUUCCAACAACAAAUUAACGCUGUCUUCAAUAUGACCAAACCUGAAUUUACACCACUAAAUUUCGAACUUGCCCUUAAAAAUAACCUUACGGUAGAAUACGACGUUGACAUCCUCAUCGGAAAUGAUGACAACAUUCACCUAAAAGGAGUCGGUAAACGCAGCGAUAUGUACAAGGAAUUGCUAUUAAACGAUCCCUUGGGAAAACAAUGCCUUAAAGACAUUGGCGAAAAUAACCUGUACCAGAAAGCUUGUUACAAAAUGCUUCUUAAGGCACACGCUCCCGACUACUUCAAAGGUACAUUGACUUACAAAGACUUGAAGCAGACUGAUGAGGCCUUCAUCUUCAAUAUUUUUGAGCUGUUGGAAAAUUGGAACGAUUGGGAAAAAGAAGAGGAUGUCCUGAAAACAGUCGAUGACGGCAAACUGGAGAUCGAGGCACAAGCCUUUUACUACGAUAACUACAUCAACUACAAGCUCACGUCGAAAUUCGGAGAGGUCCGUUUGAACAACGUAGAGGGAUUGUCUUACUACCCGUACGCCAUGUCUUUCUAUGCACCCCUUUCCAACUGGGAGCGUGCCCGCAACUGGUUUACAGGCUACCAAAACUUACCUUUCUGUACCGUGGAUGACAACAAAGUGUGGACAUUCAGUGGCCGCAGCUACGAAUACAACAUGACUGGAUCUUGGCACGUCGUGAUGGUGGACGAGGCUAAGGAUUUCGGCAAUGAGCUGCUCAUUCUUGCCCAGAGACCCGAAAAAGGACAAGCAGAAGUUUACAUUACCUACAAAACCAGAACGGGUAAAACACUAGAAAUCAUUUUGACUCCGAAAACAUACCAAGUAAUCAGCAACGCCAAAGAAAUUUGUGAAGACGGUGUUUCUAUCUACUACGAUGACGUUGCGAAGAUUCCUCUUGUAGAGUACUACAGCAUUCGUGGCGGUUUCGAUGAAAUCCAAGUAUUUAGCAUCAACAACGGAGCUAUUCGUCUUAUCUUUGACGAUCAUAGGCUAGUUAUAUUCACUGACGAUCACCGCAGCACCACCAGAGGUCUUUGUGGCCAGAGUUCUACUGAAAUUCGUGACGACUACAUUACUCCUUUCGGUCUGGUUGACUCCCCUCAGCUUUACGGAGCAUCCUUUGCUUUGGAUGGUGAUCACGCAGACCCUAAGACUGAGGAACUGAAGAAGGAAGCUAAGCUGAAGGCGUACCAGCCUGUCACCAAGUACACCAGCAUCCUCCGCUCUGACGCCGAGUGGAGCAAGGUUGCUAAUGAGUCCUUCUAAAACUUGAUUGACUGAUGUAUACAUAGGUUGAAACGACUUACAGUGCGUAGAUAUCUUUCAAAAUCUUGAUCCAGGUACCUAUGUAUCUAUGUAUAUGAACUGAAUCGUUAACUAUUUUUAAUAUAUUGUUUAAAGGCAUUAGAUUGUUAUCUAUUUAAUAAAUGCACCAAAGACAUUAUUUUUGUAUUAGCCUAUGUAUAACGGAGAAUACCCUUAUUAUGAAAGCAUUGUACCUACAGCUUUUGUGCAAACAGCAGAUACUUAAGAAUAGUGUGCUACAAGGCCGAGCAUUAGGACCCAUGUCACUUUUGAUGUCUCUUGAAAAAUCAAAAUCAAAACAGUCUUGUCUGUCUGCCUCUAGUAAAGUAAAUAUAAUCUGUAUCAGACAGCAGAUUUAGUGGCAAAAAUAGAAUCAAUUAAAACGAUAAGAUUCAAUUUUUAAUUAUUCCUCUGCUUAUUGUCUUCUUAUCAAUUACUUUAAACGUUAGUGUUUAUAAAUGUAUUAUCUGGAACAAAAGCUGAUGUUGAUUAUUAUAUAAUAAAAAUAAAUAUGUAACAAAAAACAAUUAUUUAACUAACAAGUUACAGUAUGAUAAACUGAUGACUUUCCGCGUGUUUUCUAGAAAGUUAAGUAAUUGCAAAAUUUUGCAAUUACGUGGAAUAAACACCUGUAACUACCUACAGCAAGUAAAUAUUUUAUUACAAUUGGCAGCAUUUAAUAAACCAGUAUUGGCAAGUAAAUAAAUAGAUAUUUGUCAAUCAAAUCACGCGAGGAAAUGAAAAGCUUUACAAACACGUAGUUUUACUUUUUAAAUUGAACCUCGUGGGGGAUGAACAUAGAAGGAGGCAGCAAUUUUCAACAAAGUUCCGGAAGGCUAUAUCGGGUGUGUCGUUCAUAAUCACAUUAAAUGAAAUGCGUUAAUAUACUGGUUAAUAUAUCGCUCACCUAGCAGUAUAAUGGCACAUUUACAAAAAGAGCGAAACUGGGUUUUUACGGCCUAAGUGUUUAAAAGUGUAUAAUUUAUAAAGUGGUAAAACGGUACGGCAUUAAUUGUUAAAACUAUAAAAUCUAAGAUAAAAUAUAAAAUGAAGUCAUAACCUCGUUUCAAA